AUGUCUUCAACAGAGGAAUCUCCAGCUCAGCGGGCGGCUCGCCUUCGGCGCGAACGCCGCGAGGCCAAGAUCAAAGAAGGGGGCGCAGCUCGGUUGGAUAAAAUUACAAGCUUGAGUGGACGCACACCAUCAAAAGACCGUGAAGAAGCCGCUCCAUCCCCUUCGCUACCCCCGACUGUAAUUCCUUCCCCCAGUCCCGAACCACGAGCAGCACCGCGCCAACCGCCACAAACAUACAUGCAAUCACCACCGGCUCCGAGCGUUGAGGAUGCAGAUGUGGUGCGUGAGCAGCAAGAGGCUCUCCGUGCUCUUCUUCGACAGCCCGUUCCCUCCCAACAAGAUACCGAGGAGGACCCGAACCUGAAGCUCUUCCAGGCUCUUAUGGGAGGAAUGGGGGGGAUGCCGGGUGGAGAUCAAGGCCCCGAUGCAGGUGCAGGCGCAGGAGGGAUUCCGCCGGAACUUGCGUCUUCGCUCGGCCUUCCUCCCUGGAUGUCGAGCAUGCUUGGCGCGGCUACACAGCAGGAGUCUGAAGAUCAGAAGAGGACUGUCCUGACCUGGAAAAUCUUGCAUACUGUGUUCUCGAUUGUUCUUGGAGUAUAUCUGGUUUUCCUCACUAGCUCGUCGGUUGCGACGUUCGGGAAACAACCCCCUCCUCCAGCUACCGUGCAGAACCCGUUCCUCUACUUCACAACUGGGGAGCUUGUGAUGGGCGGGGCGAGGAUCUUGAUUAAGAGCCAGAGCGGCGGACUCUCUGGGCCGUUCUUGUAUAUUCAGCUGUUGAAGGACUUCAUUCGAGAUGGCAGCAUUGUCCUCUUCCUCUUUGGAAUGGGCGCUUGGUGGAAUCAGGGAUGGUGA